AUCUCUAGCUGGGGUGGACAGCCGCCCCCCGCCCCAAAGUGAAGAGCAACAUGACCCAGGAGGGGCAGGCUCUGCCCUCUCCCACCCCACCAGAGAGCCCAGUGGAGCCCGAUACAGCCACCAGGACCCCCCCCACAGAGACCCAGGACACGCUGAGGGUAGCAGAGAAGGACGAGAUAGAGGAGGGGAGAGGAGAAGAGAUCAGAGAGGGAGAGGGGGAGACACAUGGGGAUGUACAAGGGAGGGAAGAAGUAAAGGGUGAAGUAGCAGAGGGUAAGUUAAAAGAGGAGAGGGUAGAUCAACAAACAGAUGGAGGGGGGGAGGAAGAGAGGGAAGGGACGAGAGCAGAAGGGUAUGUAAAUGUGGAGGUGAGCUCAACGAGGGAGGAGGCCACACAUGAGGAGGAGGAGAUGAAAGAAGACGAGGAGGGGAAGGAAAAGGAAGAGAUGCAACCGUCUACAGAGGAGGAGGAGACCCCCCCUCAACAAGCUGGGGGACUCGCAAAUGGCAUAGGUGGUAAUGAAGAAGACGAUGAAGCGGGAGAGGAAGAGGAGGAGGGAGGAGAGGAAGGGGGGACUCACUUGGACACUUUUAGCGCUAACUUUGAGACGACUGUAGAACAGGCCGACACAGAGGUGGAGGAAGAGGAGGAGGAGGAGGAGGAGGAGGUCCAGAGAGAGGGAAACCAGGACAGUUUCAGCUCAGUGUUUGAGCACAUCGUCGAGCAGGUGGACGCUCAGGAUGAAGAGGAAGAUGAGGAGUUAGAGGAGGAGGGGGAGAAGGGGAGGGUUGACAACAAAGACGGCUUCAGCUCCACCUUCGAGCGCAUCGUGGAGUCGGCCCUGCUGAGGGGCGGGACUUGCUACAGCAGCCUGGACUCUCUGGACGUGCUGUCGCUCACGGACGAGACGGACAGCUGCGUCAGCUUCGAGGCGCCACUGACGCCGCUCAUCCAACAGAGGUCGCUGUUACAGGGGCCCGAACCCCUGGAGCUGGAGCUGGAGACCGUCCAGGAGCAGGAGGGGGCCGAGGCCGGGCUGGACUCCCCGGGCGAGGGGGAGAACGCCUUCCCUGGAGCUGGAGUGGGAGGGAGCCCCCUGAGGACCACCAUACCUGGGAGCAGGUCAGAGUUUGUGCUGAGUCAGUCCGGACGCUGGACCAUCCCUAAUGGAUACCACUCUGACUACCAGAGAGGAUGUGGAGCCAUGAUCAACUCUGUCAGCGAUGCCAACCUCACAGACGUGCUGUCGGACUCAGAGGAGUGCGAUCUGGGCAGUCUGGAGCGUUUGGAGCGCGGCAGCACCGACACGCUGGCCAAUGGAUGCCGAGCCGACUGUGAGGCCGCCAAGAGGCUCGCCAAGCGCCUCUACCACCUCGAGGGCUUCAAACGCUGCGACGUGGCCAGACACCUGGGCAAGAAUAAUGAGUUCAGCCAGUUGGUGGCGUCGGAGUACCUGAGCUUCUUUGAUUUCUCCGGCCUGUCCCUGGAUCGAGCCCUGAGGAACUUCUUAAAGGCAUUCCCCCUGAUGGGAGAGACCCAGGAGAGAGAGCGGAUCCUCGUGCAUUUCUCCAGACGCUUCUGCAACUGCAACCCUCAGACGCUCUCCUCUGAAGGUCACAGACAGCAGGAGGCUGACUGGGAUGAUGAAGAUGAUGAUGGAGCUCACACAUUAACCUGCGCCCUCAUGCUACUCAACACCGAUCUACACGGACAUAACAUCGGGAAGAAGAUGUCCUGCCCGCAGUUUAUCAGUAAUCUAGAUGGCCUCAACAGUGGCAAAGACUACCCUAAAGACUUGUUAAAGAUCUUGUAUAACUCCAUCAAGAAUGAGAAGCUGGAGUGGGCAGUGGAGGAGGAGGAGCUGAGGAAGAGUCUGUCGGAGCUGGUGGAGGAGCACUGCGAGGGCGGGAGCAAGCGUGUUGCCAGGGUAACGGACGGCCAUAAUCCUUUCAUCGCCAUCCCCGUUCAGCUUAACGCCGUCACCUACAAACACGGGGUGCUGACCCGCAAGAGCCACGCCGACAUGGACGGCAAACGCACCCCGAGGGGUCGCCGCGGCUGGAAGAAGUUCUAUGCGGUGCUGAAAGGGAUGAUCCUGUAUCUCCAGAAGGAUGAGUAUAAGCCUGACGCAGACAUUUCCGAGGUGGACCUGAAGAACGCCGUGCGGAUCCACCACGCUUUGGCCACCCGGGCCACCGACUACAGCAAGAGAGCCAACGUGAUGAAGCUCAAAACCUCCGACUGGAGAGUCUUCCUGCUGCACGCCUCGAGUGAGGAGGAGAUGAUGUCUUGGAUCUUCAGGAUAAACCUGGUGGCGGCGCUCUUCUCCGCUCCCGCCUUCCCCGCCGCCAUCGGCUCCAUGAAGAAAUUCUGCCGGCCCAUCCUACCGUCUUCAUCCACCAGACUCAAACAGGAGGAGCAGCUGCUGAGUCACGAGAACAAGAUGAAGCAGAUGAGCCUGGAGCUGGAGGAGCACCGGAAAAACUCAGUCGACCCCAAAAGCCGCGAGUGGGAGGAGUAUCGGCUCAAAGAGCACUACCUCACGUACGAGAAGUCCCGCUAUGAGACGUACAUCAGCCUCCUGCAGGCCAAACUCCGCGCGGAGACGGACGACCUUGAGAAGAUCGAGGCCAGCGUGAUGGGGGGCCUGAUCAUGGAGGGUGGGCUGUCCGGUCGGGAGUGUCACCUCCGCAAGACGCAGUCCUCCCCGUCCAUCAGCCAGGCCCAGGGGGGGCUGAACGGGAGGACUGCCCCGGGACAGAGGAGCUGAGGGGAGGAAGGACCAGGGCAACGAAACAAACACCCUCCGACUUCUUACUGGCUGUUUCCUGUUAGUGUUUCUGUGUUGGGCCCCUCCUGUAGGACAGCAGCAGGAGACAUGACCCCCCCCCCCCCUCCAGAAUUGAUCCACCCGGUGAUUCUGUCCUUGAGCAAUAGAUGGAGAAGAGCCCGUGCUCAACAAGUGACCCUGCCAAACCUCAGUCCUUUGAACUCUUAUUAUUAUUAUUAUUGCACAUCGACAUGAUCAUUAACUGUGAUCACUAUUUAUAAUGACAUCAUCAGUAUUAUUUCCCAACUCAGAGCUAGUUGUGUUUUCUAGUUGUGAGUAAUUUAUAAUGUAUUAGUUAAAGGCUGCAAAGAAGGAGGUUUCAGACGGACAUGGUACUACUGUUAGCAUUUAGGCCUUUUUUUUCUUUUUUCGCCACUCGUGUUGACGCACCUAGCCACCUCGCAGGCGUGUGUACGGACCAUACAUAAUGGGUGGUGUGUGAAAAUGCAGCAUAUCCAUCCCAAAAAAACUCUUGAAAGAACUUCUCAGAAGGAUUGAGUCCCUGCCAUGUAUAGCAUAUUUAUUUAUUUAUUGAAUUCUCCGCCCCGGGGAAGGGUUUACACACCGAGCAUGCGCGCUCUUUCCUUCCCCAUCCUGACAUUCGUACAGUUGAAAAUUGUAGAGGAGCUGUGUUUGCUCAUAAGCUGCUCCGCCAGAGGAACUAGAGGUUGAGUGGCCUUACUCAAGGGCACCUUGACACAAGAUGUUGAGGGAUUUAGUGAGUGUUAGUCACAGUGAGCUGUGAUUUUAAAGCUGCCGCCCACCCCCAGAUACUGACAUGCCUUCAAUUAUUCUCCUACAAGUCUUUGAACUGAAUGAAAGCGCUGUGCCAUGUUCUGUUUAUCCCGCAAACUACUCCUGUUGUAAUCACGACAAAAUAUGGAAGUAAAGGGCAGAGCAGGAGGGUGUGGGCGGGAGUGGAUCAACUGUGUGUGUGUGUUGGCUCUUUUCAAGCAGUUCCUUGUUGAGAUUUGAGUGCUGACGCCAACAGGAAGAUGUUUUCCUUUCAGACUUAUUUAUUGUUUGGUGAGAAAAAAUCCAACGGCCUUCUGCUGAAUGAGACUGCCGUAAUAGUCCAGGCUCUCAAAAGCAUCUCAUUCAUCACAGAGGCAGACAUCAUCCUUUUGACAAAGUCUCUACCUUGACUUCUUAAAAUAAUACUUUCUCUCUCAUGGCUCCACGAAGAAUCAUUAAGGGCGAAAAGUCUUGAUGAAUUACAGUUAAAAGGGACCAUUUGAGCAAAAUGAUCCGAAAUCAUUCAUUUAGAAACUCUUGCAGUGUCAUUUAUGCUCACUACUUCCGAAACACACACCUUUUCACUAAAACAUUACUUUAUAAACAGUUCUGCAUAAACAGUGUUGCAGAAGUGUAUAUAAUAGUAAGGUUUUCAUUUAUAAAUGUACGUACAUUGGAAACAAAUCGAACCAAUCAUGUUACAAAAUGGUUUCUUUUAUAAAAUAGACAUGUCAUAGCUUGCUUGGCCUCAUUUUGAGCAUUUACUGGUGUAUUGAAGAUGUUUUUGUGAAAGCAGGCCCCGGCCGUUCUUACAGAGAGACAGCUGAUUGGAGAGUGUAGCAGGCAGGACUGCUCCAGCUUAACGUGCUUAAACCUGUCGGAGCACCGGACUGGAGAACAGCAGCAAAACAAGUAGCCAUCAAAAACUCCUCCACAUGGGGAAAAGUUGUUCUAAGAAGAAGACACACUGCUUUGGGUUUUCUAAGUAAGACUCACCAAGUAAAAACACCCCGCGCACAUUUAUCCAAACAGGAACACAAUACAUUAAGCUUGUUUCUCAUGGAAGGAGGAAGUGGUGGCGGUACCGCUGAUUUGAGCACCUGACUUACUCGAUCCACACACACCUUUUCCUCUUUCUUAUGGGAUUUGCGUAUGACACAGAACUGUAGAUCAGCGAGCUUAGUGCCCUCGCUCAGCCUCGGCGUGGCACAGAAGCAUGUUGACACAAGCAAAGUGGUGGAUAUGGACAGGAAGUGAUAUCUUUGGCUCUGCACACAGCGCUUCUGUUGCUUCGUAUAUCAUAUUAAUAGUGGCUGAUGGAUCUGGGAUCCUUUUCAGGACUUGGCUGGAAUCCUGGAGCCGGAUCCUUGUACAGAACAAAAAGUCUGAGGUGUAGUUUUCAGAGAGGAAAGUCAUUUUAUAAAGCUGUACUGUUAGGAUGAAUAACCGCUUUCUUACAGGGAGACUUCCCCCCUAUAGUCACUUUGGCUGUCGUGCUAACCAUUGUUUCCCAAUGUUCUAGGGUAGGCCUGUGCUGUAAUAUAGGAUUGUGACGAAAAAAAUAUUUGUUGAUUGUUAUGUUUUAUAAAAAAAUGACAACUUCGGCACCUUGAUGUCAGCAUUGGAUCUGUCUUUUUGUUUGUAUAUCGGAAACUGUUUUUGACACGAUGCUUAUACUAUGUAAAGGACAUAUUUACUGAAUAUUUAGUCUGUGCUUCAUAAAGUAAGCUUUUAUACA